AUGGAUGAUUGUCUCCAGUCGUCGUCCUCCGACGGCACUGACCCGUCGGAAGAUGUUACGCCUGCUUAUGCACCGGCCUCCAGGACUCUUAACCAAGAAGGCGUCUCUGCCGUCGCCGAAGAGGUGUUCCUGAACAAUGAGGCUUCAUCGCCUUCAGACGAGCCCACUGCAGGCACACCGGUCAUCAUGAAUGCGAGGGCGUACCAAACUGAAAUGUUUGCCCAAAGUAUGAGGCAAAACAUCAUUGUGGCUCCGAUGGAGAACUAA